AACCAAACGCGUGUUGCAGCGCCAAAAGUCGCGACAUAUCAAUUAAGAAAGUUAAUAAUAUUGCUAAAAUGCCUGGAAACAAGCUCAAUCCUCGGGAGUCUGGAGCUUAUAUCGUAGAGCAUGCCCAGCAUGUUCGGGUUCUGCCCGCCGGCAUUGAAAAACUAACCCAGGAGAUUGUACAAGGUCUAAAAGAAAAACGCAUUGCUGUGGAGAACUUCUCGCAGCAUGAAUUGCAUCCUAAUCCGAACACAAAUCAGGCGGAAGAUUAUUCCAAAGCAGCCGAUUGGGUCUUUGUGCUGGACACCCUCAACUUUUGCUUUUGGACACCCAAUAACUAUACCAAAUACAAGGUCGACGGCUACACCGGGUACUUUGCUCUAUGUGCCGCCGUUAAAAGAACCAUCAAAGAAGGGGUGGAUGUGAUCAACCCCAAAUUCUACUCCGAGAUCGAUCUUAAGACCCUGGAGAGCAUUUUCCGUUCUGACGACGGGGAGACUGAGAUUCCCCUGAUUCAAAAGCGCCUUGAGUCGCUCCAUGAAGUGGGAAAAGUUAUAAUCGCGAAGUAUGAAGGCAGUUUUGAAAAUGUUAUCAAGAAAGCCGACAAAUCGGCGGUGCGUCUGCUGGAUCUCAUUGUGGAGGAGUUUCCCUGCUUUCGCGAUGAGGCGGAAUUCGCCGGAAAGAGAGUUUCCAUCUUGAAGCGAGCCCAGAUCCUGGUGGGCGAUGUGUGGUCCUGCUACAGAGGACAAGGACUUGGCUACUUUAAAGACAUCGAUCAGAUAACCAUGUUUGCCGACUACCGCAUUCCUCAGGUACUGGUGCACUUCGGCAGUUUGGAGUACACCAGCGAGCUGAUGGAGUUCCUCAAGUCGGAUACCAUUCUGGAGAACGGUGAUCCCCGGGAGGUGGAGAUACGCGGCGCCUCCAUAUACAUCAUAGAACAAGUCCGAGAUGCUGUGCUGAAGAUACUCCAGGAGCAACACCCCGAAAUCGCACUGGACAAUGUGAACUCCAUUGUGAUCGAUCAGUACCUGUGGGACUACCGGCGUCAGCACAAUGCCGACUUGGAGCACAUCCCCUUCCACAAGGUGCUGAGCAUCUACUACUAGCCACGGCAACGCAAAUAAAGACGGAUAUUUGUUAAA